GAUCGAGAUAGCGAAGAGGAAGGAGUGAUUUGUGGAGACGAACAAUAUAAUGGGGAUGGUGCUGGGAGAGAAGGGGCUGAGCAAGCGAUGGAGCACCAUGGAGAAGGCACUCAACGACGGCGUUUCAAGAAGCCGGGUCGGGAAGUACUUCAAGCUCGACCCCCGCAAGAGCCGUUUCACUACUGAACUCCGAGCAGGCACGGCCACCUUCAUCACGAUGGCCUACAUCAUCACCGUGAAUGCUACCAUCAUCGCAGACUCCGGGGGAAUGUGCUCCAUCUCUGACUGCACUGCCCCGGCAAACCAAACCGUGGGCCCCAGCUGCCGGCUGGAACCGAACCCCGGUUAUGAGGCCUGCCUCUCAAAGACCAAGAGUGAUCUCAUCGUUGCCACGAUCAUUUCAUCCAUGGUAGGCUCGCUUGCCAUGGGUAUACUAGCUAACCUCCCACUAGGUCUGGCCCCUGGUAUGGGCCCGAAUGCAUACCUGGCCUACAACCUCGUGGGCUUCCACGGGACCGGGUCCAUCCCUUAUAGGACCGCCCUCGCUGUGGUCUUAGUCGAGGGCUGCGCUUUCCUUGCCAUCUCAGCACUCGGGCUCCGCGCGAGGCUCGCAAGGUUGAUACCUCAGUCAGUCAGGUUGGCCAGUGCGGCAGGGCUGGGACUUUUCAUCGCGUUCGCGGGGCUGCAGGCCCACCAGGGAGUGGGCCUGGUGGGGCCUGACCCGUCCACCCUGGUAACCUAUGCAGCAUGCUCUUCGACAGACCCGAUGACAGGGGAGUGCCUCGGUGGGAGGAUGAGGAGCCCCACAUUUUGGAUGGGUUCGGUCGGGUUCGUAAUAAUCUGUUACGGGCUCAUGAAAGAAGUAAAAGGAAGCAUGAUCUAUGGGAUCCUGUUCGUGACCUUAGUCUCAUGGAUCAGAGGCACUAAGGUCACCUUCUUCCCCUACAACUCGCAGGGUGAUGAGAAGUUCAACUACUUUAAGAGGGUCGUUGACUUCCAUGGCAUUCAGUCAACGGCAGGGGCCAUCAGCUUCACUCACUUCAACAGGAGUGAAGUCUGGGUGGCUCUGGUGGUCUUACUAUACGUCGAUGUCCUUGGAACCACUGCGACCCUCUACACGAUGGCGGAGCUCAGCGGGUUUGUAGACGAGCGUGGUAGCUUUGAGGGUGAGUACGUAGCCUACAUGGUCGAUGCGGGGUCCACGGUGAUCGGGGCAGCCCUGGGAGUCUCACCUAUCGCAACGUAUGUGGAGUCGUCGGCUGGGAUCAGAGAAGGGGGGCGGACGGGACUGACAGCCGUGAUCAUCGCGCUGUACUUCCUAGUGUCACUGCUCUUCACCCCUCUUCUCAGCAGCGUGCCUCCAUGGGCAGUGGGGCCAUCGCUUGUGAUCGUUGGAGUGCUGAUGAUGAAGGUGGUAAGGGACAUAGACUGGGACAACAUGAGGGAGGCGGUCCCUGCUUUUGUGACAAUCAUCCUCAUGCCCCUAACGUACUCCAUAGCUAAUGGGAUCAUUGGAGGGAUUGGGACUUACAUGGUUCUGACCCUGUGCGACUCUGCCAGUGGGUGGGUUAAUUGGUUGGCAAAGAUUAGAAGAAUGGCGGGCAAGGAAAGGAAUCAGGUCUCAGCUUCGGGUUCCGCUGAUGCCCCGCCUGAAAUCAUCUGAGGUCGUUGUAAUGUAGCCUACAUGGGUUAGUAGUCGUGUUCAGGACUGAAUAUGUAAUAUUUCAGGCUGUUUGCUCAUAUAGUGUCAUUUAAUUCAGAA